AAGAUGUCUUCUUUCUGCGGCCUAUGUGGACAACUCAAAAUGGGAAAAGAGACAUAAAGAGGAGCAUAGCCUGGCUGACUUAGCCCACUUAAUGGACAGAACCUAUGAAAGAAAGCUGCCUGUCAGCUCUUUGACAAUAGCCCGGUUUGUUGACAACAUUUCUUCACGAGAGGAAGUGGAUCAAGCGGAAUAUUACCUUUACAAGUUUCGGCAUAGUCCAAAUUGCUGGUACUUGAGAGACUGGACCAUCCACAGCUGGAUCAGACAGUGCUUAAAAUAUGAUGCACAAGACAAAGCCUUAUACACCUUAAAAAACAAGGUUCAGUAUGGAAUUUUCCCAGAUAAUUUUACAUUCAAUAUUUUGUUGGAUUAUUUUGUAACGCAGAAGAAAUAUGAAGAUGCUCUGUCAGUAGUAACAGAGAUCAUGCUGCAAGAAAGUUUUGAUGAACUCUCAACACAGCUUCUUUCUCUCUAUGUUUUAUACCAUUACCUGACAACCAAGUCUGAACAUACGUGGGAAGAGGAGAGAAAUCUUGGAGCAUCACUAGUGCUAACGGGUCUAAAGCAAACAAACACUGUGGGGUUUAGCUCCCAGCUGUAUGGCUAUGCAUUCCUUGGGAAAGUGGAGUUGCACAAAGGGCUAAGAGCUGUAUACAAUCUAAUGCCACUGAUGUGGACACCUGGAUACUUGAAUAGAGCCUUACAAGUGAUGGAGAACGUGGCUUCAUUGUCAGGGGACAGCAAAAUCUGCAAAGAAGCUAUUGAUGCUCUGGAGACCAUUUUGCAGUCUGUCCUUGAAGCAAAACCUAGUCCAGAAUCAGCUGAAGAAAUCAAGGAAUUAGAGCAGAAGUCACAGUGUGCAGAAUCAGAAGAAACAGAGCAGUCUAAAGUACCCGAGUACUACAGCCGGUUCAAG